CAGCCAACAUGGCAGGAGGCAAAAAGAAAUCCUCUACUUCACCAUCAAGAUUUUAUAAAACACUUUCCUCUAUAUGGCAAGACAAACACUUGGUGUUAUUUAAAGCUGAAUACACGUUCUUGAUUACGACCGUGCUUUGGUUCUUGGAAAUUGGGAUAAACAUAUGGGUGAUCCAAAGAGUUGCAUAUACGGAGAUCGACUGGAAAGCAUACAUGGAUGAAGUUGAAGGAGUUAUAAACGGCACAUAUGAUUACACGCAGCUGAAAGGCGACACAGGGCCACUUGUGUAUCCCGCGGGCUUUGUAUAUAUAUUUACAGGGCUGUAUUAUAUUACUGACCAUGGGCAGAAUAUUCGUCUGGGCCAGUACCUGUUUGCUGUCUUCUACCUCAUCACUCUUCUGCUUGUUUUCCGUAUUUACCAUCGCACUAAAAAGGUUCCACCAUAUGUGUUUUUCUUCAUAUGCUGCGCUUCAUAUCGGAUCCACUCUAUUUUUGUAUUACGUCUUUUUAAUGAUCCUGUAGCCAUGAUGCUGCUAUUCGGUGCCAUCAACCUCUUUCUGGAUGGCUAUUGGACUAUCGGAUGUGCUGUCUAUAGUUUAGCUGUGUCUGUGAAGAUGAAUGUUCUUCUCUUCGCACCGGGUCUGUUAUUCCUCCUCCUGUGUGAGUUUGGUCUGUGGAAAACUCUGCCCAAACUCAUUCUAUGUGCUGUUAUCCAGCUGCUGUUGGGGCUGCCGUUUCUCCUGGUGAACCCUGUAGGUUAUGCUAGUCGGGCCUUUGACCUGGGCAGGCAGUUUCUUUUCAAGUGGACCGUGAACUGGCGUUUUCUCCCUGAGGAAGUGUUUUUGAGUCGAUACUUCCAUCUCGUCCUGCUUCUGGCUCAUAUGACCACACUUGUCCUUUUCGCUCUUAAGAGAUGGAAAAGGCGUGGAAACAGUAUUUGGUCUAUUCUAAAGGAACCCUCUGAGAGAAAAGAAAGUCCACAGAAGCUCAAUGCUGAUCAGACGGUUCUGAUUCUGUUCACCUCUAACUUCAUCGGGAUGUGCUUCAGCAGGUCUUUACAUUAUCAGUUUUAUGUCUGGUACUUCCAUACGCUUCCUUACCUGCUGUGGAGUGGAGGAGUCAAAAAGCUUGCUCACCUGCUCGGGGUGUUGAUUCUAGGUCUGAUAGAGCUCUCCUGGAACACUUAUCCCUCCACCACAUACAGCUCUCUCUUGCUGCACGUCUGCCAUCUUGUCAUCCUGCUCUGCUUGUGGAUCAACCCGACCCCUGCUCUUCCUUCUCACCGGCCAGAAAACAAGGAUAAGAGCCAGUGAACCCUGGCCUGAUCCGUGGCCUCCACCCCCUGCAACGGCCCAUAAGAGCCGCUGGGUACCCGUCCACAAGAGCCUUGUACUUUGGGUGCAAACACGGUUCAUCGUCUGUACCAUGGCACUCAAGUCAGUGUGUGGAUUGUUAAUGGAUGUAGUAUGUAUAUGGUUAAUAUAUGGAGAGUUUACAUUGUUUCUCAGGAUUUUUUGAGGCCUAAUGCUCGGUCCAGGAGAAUGUCGGAGGCUGGAAUGUGAAUGUGUGGAUUUUAAAGAAAAGGAUGUUUUAAAAAAUUCAUUGGUUUGUUAAACAUCAUUUCAACAAUCUGAGAUCUAAACUCUUAGCUCUGUUGUUGGCCAAUGAACACACUCAGGAUUGUUUGUUGGUGUAAGGGCCUACGGUAGUACUGUGACAUUAAGCUUCUUUUUAAAUUACAGCUUUAUUGAUUUAAUGUCAAGAUAUUCAGGGAUUCGUUUCCAUUUUUACUGUCAUAAUCUUAACAAGCUCACCAAAAUUGUAUGUAUAGGGCACAAAGAAAUUGAGUAGAUCUGCUUUUGCAUUUCUUUAGAGUUUGAGUUUAGCUCUUGCAUUUGUUUACUGCCUUUGCUUUUUCUGUCUGUUGUGUUGUUUUUCAUUUUCUGGAGCGAAGAGUGAAAUGGAAGGAUGUAAUGCACACAUUGUUUUUGGAGUGCAGUUUGCAUUUGCUGAGAUAAAGUGUGAUUGACUGAUCUUUGCUUUGUUUGGAGUUGGGUUUUUACUUUGUUUCUGCAUAAUAGCUAGUAUGUAUCGGUGUCACAAAACAGAACUGAGUUUUCCAGAUCUUGCUAUACGUGACCUUGUCUUUGAAAUCCAUGCUGAAGUCUCAGAUGCUAAAGUAGAAACAACAUAAAAGUCAUAGCGAAGAUUUCAAAAAUAGGUAAUGGGUGUUUAGACUGUAUGUUAGUUUUCAAAAUACAGUUCUCAAACUAUUAUUUAUAAUACAGAAAUUAUUGUGAAAACUGAAAUUAUUAUUAAUUAUUAUUAUUAUUUAUUGACGUUAUUUUUGGGAUGCACCGAUAUCGGUAUCGGGCCAGAUACUAAGCUCAUGUACGAAUUGUGUCAAGGCUCUUGGGGGGUCCCCUAACCAGUCUUCAAAAAAAAAAAACAGACGGAGCUGCCAGUACAAGCAUCAAUCACAUGAUAGUUUGGAUCAUUGUAGUAAUUUGACCACAUUACACGCAUAAAUGUCCUUAACAUGUUGAUAAUCCAUUAAAAGAGAUCCACAUGAGGUAGAGAUUAAAAGACAUAU